AUGGCCACCAGUCCAAGUACCACCCAGCCCCCUAGUGGAAUGGAGGAGGCACAGCAGCUGAACCAACCAACCCCACAGCCAAACAGUGAAGCAGAUCCCGCCCCGGUGAUGUCCCAACCGGCCAAUGCAGAUCAACAAACUGCCGCCCAGACAGAAACCAUCGAAGCCAACCAUGUGGAGGAGAGCAACACUAAGGACCAUCUGACGGUGAUCAGUGAGCAGAUGGAGACCAGUAAUGGACUCGGUCCUGUGUCCGUCCAAUCUUCGCCCACCCUCUCCUCCGUGUCACCCAAACAGCAGCACGCCAAGCCAGGCGGGCACUACCCCAAUGGCCGGGCCCGGUUAGGCAGCCGAUCCGGCUCCAUAUCGGCGAGCUCACCCAGGCCUUCGCUCACCCGUCAGCCCAGCGCCGCCAUAGAGACUGUGGAUGGAUCCAAGCCCCGGGACUACCUGAUUCUCGCUAUCCUGUCCUGCUUCUGCCCACUUUGGCCAAUCAACAUAGUAGCCCUCACCUUCUCUGUGAUGUCACGGAACAGUUUGCAGCAAGGCAACAUCGACGGAGCACGGCGUUUAGGCCGCAACGCCAUGUUGCUGUCAGUCGUCUCGCUAGUGGGCGGGAUUGCCAUCAUCGCCGCAGCCAUCGCCCUCAACUGGGGAUAUUCCUGGCUGUGGUUCAUGAAGCUUCUCCAGCAGUAUUUCACGAGCAUGUGGUGGCACCACAACACAGAGUCCCCAGAGCAGAAUGGCAUCUUCUACACAGAGCUCAGCCUGCCUUCUGAAGAAUGGACGUAA